GAGAAGGAAGAGAUGAGAGAGAGAAGAGAGAGAGAGAGAGAGAGAGAGAGAGAGAGAGAGGAGAGAGAGGAGAGAGAGGAGAGAGAGAGAGAGGAGAGAGAGAGAGAGAGAGAGAGAGUGAAGUAA